AUGUUUGUUGGUGAGAAUGCUUUGUCAAUCGGUUGUGCUUACAAGAAUUACACAAGCACUUAUCGUAUCACUUGUCUUCUUCAAACAAACGGUGGAAUGACCAACAAUUCCCCUCCAUACAAUUCUGCGGCCACUCCAUGUGAGAUUUGCUCUCUUUGUCCACCAACAACUGCUCCAUGCGGCCCAGCAAGGGGACUCUGUAUUGCAAAGGCUGCCGGA